AUGAGAGCAUCCCAUGUCUCGGCGCUCCUGGCUCUGCUGCUUUCUUUCUUUCAGCAUACACGUGCAUGGACGGCACCGCUGCCGCUCUCUGGCGGACUCAUCGCCCCGGGUCAGCAGAGCUUCGUUGCAACGCCGGUGACUCCGUCUGUAACAGCAACAACCACCAGGAGUAGCCACGACUGGAGAGACAGGAGGCGCCAAGUCCCCACCUGCAAGCUGGACCGGCUGCCGGUGCGAACCCUCAAGCGCGUCGUGCCGUUGCGGCCGACGCCGGAGAAGUACCUCGCGCACUUCGGGCAGACGCCGCUCGACCGGAGGCGCAAGAUGGUCAACGUCCUCGGCGGCCUGUUCGCCUUCUACUGGGCGGCGUUCUUCGCGACUCGAAACGUCUACGUUCUCGGCCCGGGCGGCAUCAACGCUAUCGCCUGGCGAGGUUCCUGCCUCGCGGUGUUCCUGCAGACCUUCUUGAGACCUGUGGUGGGGUCCUACAACCGCGCCCUUGAGCUGUGGGGAGCCGGGAGCAGGGAAGCGAGGAGAAAGACGAAGGGAGCCCUGUUCACCGGAAGGGUGACCAAGACGGGGUUUGCGCUGUCGUCCCAGGCGUCGAACCACAGGGCCCACUUCCAAAUGCUGGUGGAGGACGAGAGCGGGAGAGAGCUUUUGUUCGACGUCCCGCAGGUUCCGGAGUACCGCCGAAUCCGAAAGGGCAUGCACUGCGCGGUGGUGGUCCUAAGCCGGUCGUCCGGCUUCUACGAGCUCACGGGUGUGACGGAAGCCUACCUUCCAGAGCUGGAUCUGUUCGUCGGACGGUUCCCGCUCCUCGACAAGCGGAGGAGGAUCAGCGGCCGGGAUUCGAGUUCGAAGCAAACAACGGAAAGCGCCGCUACGUGAGAGAACCUGGAAGUACCAAAAGGUCUCCGGGCUUAACAAGACGAAAGUUACUCGAACCCCACCACCGCCCCACAUCAAGAGCUGCGCAGUCGCUUCCGCAUCAACCCCGCAGAGAAAGCAAGAACAAGCCUUGUUGAGCAAAGUUCGAGUGAAUCGCACGUGUUGGCGCCAUGUGAAGUGGCGGCGAACCUUUUUUCGUUUUUCACGUUCGACACACGAAGGCCAGAGAUGUGGCUCGACUCAAAGGGGCAGUGUUCGAAGUCAGAACCGACAGCUGAGAUGAAGGUCGGCUUAUGUUUGCAGCAGCGCGGUUUGCGGUUCGCGGCUGCUGGUUUAAGGCGUGGUGCGAGUUGCUUGUUGUGCUUGUGACUAUACGUUUUGUUCCGUGCUGAGUGUUUCCCGUCGUUUGGCUCCUCUGUCUUGUGUAUUGUUUUCUUCUUGCGGGCUUUCGUCUGCCCUCCACCCUGUUGUUUUUUGUUUUUGUAUCGUUUGUCUUUUCUAGGAAGAAGUUUUGCUGCUUCAAGAGUGGUUGGAUUCGCUCUCUUGUAUACGAAUGUACCAUAUUUGAGGACACUGGCUAUUGUCGGAGACAGAUGCCGGUGCCGUGGCAGUAUUAUCCCACUGCCAGGGGAAGGCUAUUUCCUCUCGUGAUGUGUAAACGAGGAGAAGAGGGUA